GUACAGUAGUAUAGUACAGUACAUACUCCGUGCGUGUUGGUGCUCUGCCUUUGUUUCAAAGUUAUGGCUAAACGAACAGAGAAGACGCGGUUUUCAGCCUUGGAAGCUGCGGAAAUAUGUACGAGAAGGCUGAGUGACACCUCGGACCAGGAGCUGUCGGAACCGGAGAGCGAUGUGUCCGCGGUGGACUCAGUGGAAGAAGAAAUGUUUUUUGAGGGAUUGGAUGCCAUUUUGGAUCGGCAAAAUGACUCUGACCCUGAUUGGGAACCAGACACUGAAGUUUUGGCUGAGGUGCAUGUGGAAAUUGAUGACCCUGAACUGACUUCAGUGCCUGCAGCCGAACCAGAGCCGGGCCCUUCCUCAAAGAUUCCCCGGGUUGAGAAAACAGCAAAAAGAGGCAGAGGACGGAGGAGGGGCAGAGGCAGAGGCAGAGGUGCAAGACCAUCUUCACCUUCCACAGGACGUUGGAACAAUACAGAAGUGGCGGAUUUCACACCUACCCCCCUUCCCUUUUGUCCUACACGUACUCCUGGACCUCAACUCAUUAGCACAUCUGACUACACAUGUCUGGAACUGUUCCAGCUGUUUUUUUACUGGUACUGUGUUAUCGACACUUAUCAGAAACACAAAUAUGCAUGGCCAAUCAGCAUACAGAGCAUGGACGGACAUUGCGCUUCAAGACAUUUUCUCUUUUUUGGCACUUGUUAUAUACAUGGGAUUCGCAAAAGUACCUUCACUUACUGAUUACUGGAGAAGAGGAAAGUUGUACAGCCUACCAUUCCCUAAAUCAGUUAUGACCGGAAAGAAAUUCUUUUCUAUUAUCCGUGCUCUCCACUUGAGUAGUCCAGAAGAAGAUGCCAAAAAUGAAGGAAAAAGAGGCACUGAAGAGUUUGACCGCUUGGGCAAGAUCAAACCACUGUAUACUGAGAUAAGAGAUGCAUGCCGCCAGAAUUACCAACCUGGUCAGCAUAUCGCCAUUGAUGAAAGGAUGGUGGCAUCAAAGGCAAGAGUGAGCUUCAAACAAUACUUAAAAAGCAAACCUGUAAGGUGGGGCUACAAGUUAUUUGUUUUGGCAGACUCAAAAUCAGGCUACACAUGGGACUUCUUUGUUUAUGAGGGCAAAAGCUCUCAGGCCAGCAAGAACGGGCUGAGCUAUGACUCUGUUAUGACCCUUUUGGACACAUCUCUACUGGGCACAGGCUAUAAACUCUAUGUAGACAAUUUUUACACUAGCCCUAUUCUAUUCCGUGACCUUCUGAAAAAAAAAGUGUCAGCCUGUGGCACAAUAAGAACUAAUAGACAAGGAUACCCCAGGACAACAGAAAAUACGCUGGACUCCAGAGCUCCCCGUGGCAGUAUAAGGUGGAUUCGUGAGGACCCCUUGCUCUUUGUCCAAUGGAAAGACACCCGUGAUGUAUUCAUCUGCUCCACCAUGCACACUGCCCAUGGAGAGGAGACAGUGGAGCGCCGGGUAAAGGAUGACACAGGCUGUUGGACUAUGAAAGAUGUGCCAGUUCCACCAGCCAUCAAGGACUAUAACAGGCACAUGGGAGGCGUUGACCUAUCCGAUGCAUUGAUCGGAUAUUAUGAGGUUUUACACAAAACCAAAAAAUGGUACAAGACUUUUUUUUAUCAUUUUGUGGACAUUGCUGUGGUGAAUGCCUUUAUCCUUUAUAAAGGACAGUGCACGUUAAAGGCUAAAAUCCCAAUGCACCAAAAGGCAUUUAGAGAAACCCUUGUAUUGGAGCUGGCAGAGGCAGGAGCCAUCAGUACAGAGCGGGAGGAGGAGAGUAGGAAAGAGACACAUCAUCGUCUUGUGCACAUCGUCGCAAGUGGUGACAAGACCCAAGGAAGACUGAAAUGCAGGAAGUGCCAUGCGAAAACGGCUGUAAAAUGUUCAACCUGUGACGUGCCCCUGUGUUUCCAGCCACAAAGGGACUGUUAUAAUGACUGGCACAAAGAACAAGGACAAUAGAAAAAAGUGUUUUUACAGUUUGCAGUGUGUGUGUGUGUUUACAGUUUGAAUUGUGUUUGUUUACGGUUUGAAGUGUGUUUGUUUACAGUUUGAAAUGUGUUUGUUUACAGUUUGCAUUGUUAUAUACAUUUGUAAAUAUACAUUUAU